AGUGAUACCUUCGCUCAUGAGUUUGCGGAGUGCACUCUUGAUCUUGGCUUUGAUACCAUUGGGCACCAUGGCAUCAUGUCCACAACCCAGUGCCAGCACAACCCGGCCUAGAAUGGAUGGUUCGGACGUCCUCGCCUACCCAUCCGCUGGUGGCUACGUACGCAAACAUCUGACCAGAGUCGAGCUCGAUUGGCUCGAACUUACCUUCGAUCCCGCAGCAGAGAACGAUUUCGUAUAUCUGAACGCCUCGCAAGCCGAUGCAGAACCCAACCAAGAGGAAGCCUUCGCCCUCCGUCUCAUGCACCUCGGCGGUCGAUGGUGGAAAAGCCGAACCUACUUCAACCACCACUUCAGAGAAGCAGAAUGGCCCUACGGCCACCACUUCCCACCAGAUCUCGACAUUGGGUACCCUUCCUCGGGAGGCGUGCUCGUCCUUCGCACCUUCGCAGAAAUUCGCCUUACCGCAGUGACUUACCUGACGUUCCACCAGAGAAGCCCAAGGGCUACUGGGAUUUGUUGA